CUCAAACCUCCUCACAGGUGCCCCAUUCUCCUUACCCCCUCAUUCCCUCUGCCCCCAAUUCCACCAUGCCCAGUAUAUCUGUCUCCCUCUCCCUAAAACCCAUGAGUUCCCUCUCCUCCUUCCUCUCCUCUCUGUCUUCUCUUCCCCACACCGUCAGAGACACUGAGGUCCCCCUUCUCUUCCGUGAGCCCUACAUCCUGUCUGGCUACCGGCCCGUGGGCCAUUCCUGGAGCUUCUACUUCCUCAGCCUCUUCCAGAUACACAAUGAGACAAUCAACGUGUGGAGCCACUUGCUGGCCGGAGUCUGCGUUGCCCUGAGGUUCUCUGUGUUUGCUGUGAUGUGUGGAGGGGGUCUCGUGGGCCUGACCCUGAAUGGACCAGACGGGCUGGGUCUUUACCUGGACCUGGCCUGUCUACCGCUGGUCUACUACGUCCUGUCUCUUCUGACCUACUUGUGCUGCAGCGCUACAGCCCACCUGCUCCAGUCCCACUCCGAGCUGGCCCACUAUGCCCUAUUCUUCCUGGACUAUGUGGGAGUGGCUGUGUACCAGUAUGGCUGUGCCCUGGCUCUAUACUUCUACAGCUCUGAUCCCGCAUGGAGACGCAGUCGAGUAGGAGAGGUGUUCCUCCCUGCAGCAGCUCUCCUGGCUUGGUUGUCCUGUGCCUGCUGCUGCUUUGCCAAACUCAGUUACCGCCACCCGUACCCACUCCAUCGUAAGCUGUGCCAGGUCGUGCCAACCGGUCUGGCGUACCUGCUAGACAGCAGUCCUGUGGCACAUAGACUGGUCAGCAGGACCUGGGGAGACGACCCUGCUAUGACCCUACACGCAAUACAGGUGUUGCUGUUCCUCCUGGCAGCGUUCUUCUUCUCCUGUCCCAUGCCUGAGCGUUUCUUUCCUGGGCACUGUGACAUCAUCGGCCACGGGCACCAGCUCUUCCACUUCCUCCUCUCCCUCUGCACGCUGACCCAACAGGAAGCUGUGUUUGAGGACUUCCUGUCCCGGCGGGCGUCCCUGACGAGGGAGUACGGGGAGUGCCGCCUACUGGUGGCAGCCGUGUCAUUUCCUGCCCUGGUGUUCUGUAGCGUGCUGACAGCUGUGGUCAUGAGGAGAUUGGUGGAGAGGAGGCUGAGGAAGGAGGACAGUUGGGGGGAGGAGGUAGAGAGAGGAUAGAGAGUGGGAGAAAGAGAGAUCUGAUGUGAGGUAGAACGAAUGGGAAUAGAGGGUAAAAGGGGAAGGAGAGAGAGAUUUGGGGAUUGUAAGAUGAAUUCUUAUAUAUUAUAAGGCCUUGAUCCGAUGACUUGAUAGCUAGCUUUUAUGGUCACUUAUUUGUUUUGAACAUAAUUCACUGGUGAUCAUAGGCUUAUGUAUGUUGUUGUCUCAUUUGUAGUGUGCAUCUUUGGCCAUAGGGAGGCAGUGUCUACUGUCAUUACUAUCUACUGCAGGGAGAUUUGUGAUUUGUGAAGCAAAGAUGAACACUUUUACUCCAAGCACAUUCAUGCUGUGAUUAUGUUCCUAUUGAGAAGCAUUUAACAAUUUCACGCUGUUUAGGUUCAUGUUGUUUAGGUUCACGCUGUUUAGAUUCACACUGGUUAGGUUCACGCUGUUUAGGUUCACGCUGUUUAGGUUCACACUGGUUAGGUUCACGCUGUUUAGGUUCACGCUGUUUAGGUUCACGCUGUUUAGGUUCAUGUUGUUUAGGUUCACACUGUUUAGGUUCACGCUGUUUAGGUUCACGCUGUUUAGGUUCACACUGUUUAGGUUCACUCU